AUGAAGAAGACCGGCCCUGCGUGUCUGUUGGUGGGGCUGUUGUGCGUCUGGUUGUUAUUUGUAAACUAUGAGUCUCUGUGGCCUCUCGCCCUGCCGCUUCAUGAGGCGCCUUCUUCUGGCGGCCGCUACUCCCUCCCGCCCUUCAGCUCGCUGCCGCUGCCAGACCUCGAGGUGGAGCCCCUGCUCAGCGAGAACAUGUUUCGCUACCGGCCCAACGCCAACGGCAGCUUCAGCCGCGAAAAGUUGGAGGACCGUUCCUUCCUGCGGCUGCUGCCGCACUCGAUCCACAAGCACCUCUGCCGGCUCAACAAGCUCGACCACGCAAGUGGCCAGUGUGAGCGCGAGCUGCCGCUGCGCCAGGCACUCGCUGCCGUACUGCCACCGCGCCGGGUCUAUCUCGACGUGGGCGCCAACAUCUUCAAUUCGAGCGUGGGUUGGAUGAAGGCCAACUACCCAGUCGACUUCACCGAGAUCUACGCCUGGGAAGAGAUGGAGGACUUGUUCGAGAAGCCCGAGCCCGGGGCUGCCGUAACCGUGUACAACCUGACCGCCGACGCUGCCACGCGAUGGCUUGACAGCAUCACCCUCUUCCCCGCCAGAGUCAGCGCCAACUUGACCGACCACUCGCCGGGCGACCUCAACCACUUCCUGCUGGCGCAUGUCGAGCGCAAGGACUACUGCGUGGUCAAGAUCGACAUCGAAGGGGAGGAGUGGAACAUCAUCCCGCGGCUGGAGCUGACCGGCGCCAUUCGCCUGAUCGACGAGCUCAUGGUCGAGUUCCACUUCCACCACCCCAUGAUGACCGAGGCCAUCUUGCGAAAUCUGCGCAGCCGAGAUGAUAUGGUCUUCCACUUUUGGCCAUAG